AUGUCACAACUUGCGGCCCGCCGCAAUCAUAAUCUUCCAGGGGCGAUGAGGUAUUGAAAUGCGACCCUUGAGGGGUUGCUUGGGGAUUAAGGGAUCAUUUGAGGGUUUAGAUUGGGAUAUGUGUAGAAAACCUGAAGAGACCGGUGUGGAGCAGUCGCUAGAGCGUCAUAGAACACUUAAGUGGCUGCCCCAAGCUUCUCAAACUCACUCAAAAGAUUUUGAAACUAUCCGAGUCCUUUGGAAGAUGAAAAAAACACUGAAGAGAUCACUCAAAGUCUCUAGAGACCUUUUGAGAAUGAGGAGAAAUAUUGUCAAGACCUCCAUUAGCCACAGCGAGCUCCUAGGAUCUACUUGAAAAUUUUGAGGACUGUAAUAUUCACACCGAGCUCAUAGGGCUCACUUAAGGGUUCAGAGACUAUUUUAUUCACAUAUUAAGCUCCUAGGGUCCACUUAAGAAGUUAGAAAACUUAAUUAGUCAGACCGAGCUUCUAGUUUCCACUCAAGGGUUUUGAGAACUUCAUUAGUUGCAGCGAGCUCCUGGGGUUCACUUAAGAGGUUAGAAGACAAAUCUUGAAAAUAAAAAGAUCGCCACUUUUCCAAUGGAGCAGGCAGAGUUGGCUCAAAAAAUCCAGCUUUCAGAAGAAGUUUAAAAACCCUCAGGUUGGGGCUUCUAGGGACUGCUUGAAUUUUCGGGGAGUAGUUCUUUAACAGACUGAUGUCAAAGGAGACUUUCGGUUAGAGGAGCUGGAAUAAUUUCAAAGGAUUUAUGUCUUGUUUUGGAAAUUUAAACGAAUAAAACGUAUUGGAACUCUUGAAAUCCAAAAUUAAUAGUUUAACUUGAAGGGGAAAGCUGGAAAUACUAACAGAGGGCCUAGGAAAUAAUAAAAACUGGGUUCUGGUAUCGGAAAACAAAAAUGAUCACUUAAAAUUGAGAUGUUGGACAAUUUUUUUGGUCUAUUUUUGACUAUAAGCACAGAUAAAAACUUCAUGAACCUCAAUAUUACGAGCUCCGGACUUUUCUGAAAAUUUCUAAGGAUCACUCAAGAGUUCCGACGGUACUAAAGCGGUCACUAGAAACGCUACGACACGUCCGGAGCGUUUUCGUUUUAGCUGCCGAGUCUCGAGUCAAUAGAACUCUUAAAAAUCAAAAAAUUGGGGAGCAAGCUCGAAACACCAAAAGAGGGCCUAGGAAACGGAAACACUGGCUUCUGGUAUCGAACACAACGGAAAUGAUCGCCGCGUCCAGAGAAAGAUUAACAAAAAAUACGCCGCCCCAGGCUAUAUUCGGACCCAAAAAUGAGGGCGUUCUUCUGAAACCGAACGAGGUUUAUUUGCGUUGGCUCGCGCUUGAUUCGUGCUUGAUUCCUGCGACACAUUUUUGACAGCUCCGUCGCUUAAUCUUUGUCCGAUUCUUCGUGUGACUCAUGUUGCUCUUGAGGAAUAUUCAACGAUGAAAGAUGAGGACGUAAAAUUUUUGAAAGAAGAACAAAUCGCUUCUUCUAUUGGUUCAUUUUAUUAUAUCAAAUUUUUUUGAAUUUUUUUAGAGUUUUUCUGAAAUUGUGGACUUCAAAUUUCCAAAUAAAUAGCUGACGUAAUUUUUUUAAAUUAAAAAAAGAAAGCAAAUUUGAAGGGCUUGCGACCAUUUAUUUGUCUCAAUUUAUCAAAUUCACCCGCCUUCUUUUUUUAAGUUUUAAUUUUUUAACGCUUAUUCACAAAAAAAAGAGUAUAAUUACUUUUUAAAAAAGUAUGAUUUAAGAGAAAGCCUAUUUUUUUGAACUUCAAAUAAUUUUUUUUCGAAAUUUUAGGCCUUCUUAUCUUUCACCAGCAAUUUUCCACUAAAUCCACUUCACUUUCCUGUUUGUAGCAUGUCAAAUCUGUAAUCGAAAUGGACUUGACGGAAAAAAAGAGCAGAAAAAAAUAAUAAGUUUGAAUUCGCGCCCUUCGGUGGCGCGCAUUCCACAAAAGUCAUGUUUUUCGAAAUUUCGUUUCUUUUCCCAAAAUUUUGCACUUUCCCUGUUUUUUUUUUUGAUAUCGGUGUUUAUUAUCAUUUAAAUCGUGUUCAUAAAGCUUUAAAGUGAAUUCUAUCGACUGUUGAAUGGAAAAUCGGAGACUGGACCAUGCUUUUUAUCAAUUUGCUUACAAACGUUUUUCGUGGAAGAUCCGAUUUUUAUCUUUUUUUUCUCUCGUUUGAUUGGAAAACGGAUUCAGAUUGACUUUUUAGAAAGGAGAGGACCGUAAAAAUUCCUAUUUGAACACCUUUUUUUAACUUUAUACGCAUUCAAUAAUUUAUUCAAAUUCAGGAAGAUUCUUUUUUUAACAGAAUGAAAAACCAAAAAGGACGGACGCCUUUCUGAGCACUUUAGAGCUUUUUGUUGUUGUUUACUGAAACGCUUUCCGAUGACGAAAUGCUGUGUACUCAUUUCGUAGCGUCGUCGUCACAAAGCCCACGUGCUGCUCUGCUUUCGUUUCCCCCUCUCGUAAAGAGCCUUUUUCCGGUAUUUUUUGAUCAUUUCCUGUCAAGUUUCCCUUAUCAAUCGAUAAAAGCGUCCGUCUUGAUAAGAUGCAGCUAUUUAUAUGUUGAAGCUUUGGAUUUACUUCAAGUAAGAUAGUUUCAACACUUCCUAAAACAUUUUCAAAAGACGAUCUAUCCAAUUAAAGUUUAUCUGGUCUUUUUGAUCUACGUCAAAAAAAGAAUCCUGUUCUCAAAUGGUACCAUUUUUUAUCAGUUAUUUUGCGUUACUUUGUUUUCAUGUUUGAUAGCACCUUAUAAAUGCCAUAUCAAUUACUUUUUGUUCUUUUGGUCUAAUUUUUGAAGGGAGGUCAAGUGUUUGAAAAUUUGUUAUGAACAGAAGGCUUUAUUUGAAUUCAAAAUGAUUUUUUUAAACAAUUUUUUUAAAGUUUCGAAUAAUCGUUAUAAUCUUGUGUCUCAUUGAGAUUUUUAAUUUUUAGACUUUCAAGAUUUUUUUCCAAUAUUUUUCCUGGGACUUUUUAAAAGGCGCAUCAAGGCCUAAAUUUAGUUUGAAAGAGGACCUUCGCGCCUCUUUUUUUCUUCAGUUUCUCUACUCAUUUUUUUAGCUCCGGAAAAAAAGUUUUUUUAUCAUCAAAAUCUAUCUUUUUCUAUCAAUGGAAACUUUUUUUCGAAACUCGAUAAAUUGGUUAAAAUUAGUAAUAAACCCCUUGAUUCGAAACGAUUUUUUUGAUCAAUCUUUAUUUCCGUUUUGUUUCUUCAUGCAACGCUUUGUUAAAUUCUAUAUUUUGUUCGAAAUUCCUUGCUGAAAGGCUUGAUGGCGUAAGAAGCGAAAAAAAAAAAGUUUUUCGAUGAGAUGCGAUUUUUUCUACGCUUUUUAAACACUCCAGCAAGGAUUUUUGAGUAUAAUUCGCGUGAAAUUUUCGAAAUUAUCGUGUUACAACGCGUGUCUCCUGUGUCAUUUCUCUUCGUAUCAACACACCUUUUCAGUAUUAAGCCAAAAAUGCAGUCGUUUGUCCGCUGCUGAUCCCAAGCCCCACACACAGAACAAAUCGUCGCGAAAUUCCAUCCCAAUCGCGCUGUGCCAAACCAAUAUAUUUGAACUUUUCAAGUAUAUUGAAUUGUCCAGCAUUGAAAAAAGCAUUUAAAGGUCUUUGAAAAUUUGCUCUUCUUCACGGAAAAAUGGUCACAUUUUUUCAGUACCCCACUACUUUGCUUCCUCGUCUGUGUCCGGAUUUGCGGAUCGUUUUACACAUCUUUGGCUCGAAAACAACACUCGAAUAAUGGGCCAAACGUCGUCGAGAAUGUUCGCUGACGCCGUCAAACAGAAUGACAACUUCGGCCAGGACUCGGAAAUGAUGAUCGAUGAAGCUUUCGGUUGGGAUUUUGAUUUAUAAAAAUUGGUUGAUAUUAUCUUCGAAACCAUAAGACAAUAAAUUCUCGUGGCUUAGAAAGUAUAUUGGUAUGAGUUCGAUCAGGCUUUUUCUCAAAAAAAUUAGUGAUUAUUUUUAGAGGAAUGUGUUUUUUUUUUUUUUUGAAGAUAAUAUUGAUGACUUAUUGAACUAAACCUUUGAUUUUGAUUUUUAAAAUGGUUACUAAAUGAAAAUUGAAUCUUUUCAGGGAUAUUCUAACCAGAGAAAUGCUUUAAAAAAAGUUUAAAAAUUUCCUCUGGGAAGUUUUUCGAGACAGGCAGUUGUAAUGCAGUUUUUUUCAAAGGACUCUGUAGAUUUUUUUAUUUUGUUCGGAAGAAAUUUUUUUUUUUUUCAAUAGUUUUUACUUUGUAUCUUUUUUUAUUAUAUAUUGUAUAGAUUAUGAAGGUGAAUUUUGAGGCGCCAACAACAAGCUGGAAGCCACCGAAACGAUGAAAACGAAUGUUGUGCCGUCUGGUCAGCAGAACCAAAGUAUGAUUUUUCGAGAGAAAUUUUUUAUUUUUGAAAAUAUUUUAAUUAAUGCGUAUCGUUCAUCGUUUCAUUACUUCCAUUAGAAUAAGGAAAUAGUGAGCUUCUCGGAACGGUAAUUAAUGAUUUGAACGGUAAAAUUGAGUUUCUUUUUUCAGGUUUUUGAGCUUUGAAAUUUUUAUCAUGUUUAAAAUGAUCCCCCAGAGUCAUCCAGUGCCUUUAAAAAAAGUUCUGAAUUGAUUUUUUCUUAAGGAAAAAAUUUUUGGGAGUAAUUGAAAAUUUUUUUGUUUUCGGAACUGUUCAGUUGACAAUUUAGAAAAUUUUUGCCUUUUUUUGAGCAGGAUUUUUUUGGAAGAAAAAGCUCGAGAUUUUUCUAAAAAUUCAAGUUAUGGAAUUUUUUCAAUGGAAGUUCAACGGCUCUUUUUAAAUAUUUUUUUGAUAAUUUAUUGAGUUAUCUCAUUUUCAGCGCCUCGUCCGAAGUCGUACCAACGUGCCCUGGACUGGGGCCGGAACGAACAUUUGUUCAAGUUGGCCUACACCUUCCACACCAACAACUACUGA